AUGUCUGAUCUUGAGCAGCAGCAAGAUUCGCUGCGGGUUCUACACCUUGCUCCAAAAGACGAUGACUGUCGGGAUGAGCCUGAUCUGACCCACGCUCGCAUCGAUGCAAAUGGUCUAUACUUGAAGAAGAUCCGCAUAGCAUACUCAGACAUGAUCCAAGGCGAUCAUUCGUUGCCCUUCAAUCUCUGGGACAUCAAGAACUUAUACGUUGCACACGGAGUGGAGUUUGACUACUCUAUAUCCAUCAGCGCAGAUCGAGACGAGCCGGGACUAUCUCUUACAGAUGCGCACAUUAACGAUAUGGUUUCCAUGCUCAAGAGUUACGGGCCGAAGGCAGUCGAAAUGGCUCAUCACUUCACUUGUUUCGGAAGCCAAAUAGUGCAGAAAGUACUGUCUGAACUAGGCUAUUCCGAAGACUGGAUAAGCAGCGAGGAAGGCCGGAAGUAUAUGUUCGUAUCGUGA